AUGAAUGGAGUUAUAGAUAAACAUACAAAAGAUAAUUUAGACUUUCUUUUAAUUGGUGCUAAACCAUUAAUUUCAUCUGCCAAACCAAUUAAGAGAGAACUUGAAGAACCAGAAGAGAUUACAGAAGAAGAUUUUAAAGGAUUUCCCGAACCAACAGUAUCAAUAAAACGAACCAGACCAAAAACGGCACAAAGUCUUAAAGAUCCAUUACCAAAGUCAAGAACAAUGGAUACUCCAUCAUAUAAUCGCUUGAAAAAAGAUUUAAAUUCUCAAAGAAACGUACAAGACUUUCUUAUGGUUCACGAAGCUAAUCAAAAACGUAAAUCAGAUCAAAUGCAUCAAGAUUGGGAAGAACAAUACAUGGAAAAAUUCGAUAAUAGAAUGAAAAAGCAACUUAGUGGUCGAAACUACAAGACAUUUAGAAGAUCUCAGUCAAGAGCUUAUACAUCACUUAGUGCUCGCACUAUGACAGAAAUGUUAUACCACGAUGAACCUGAACAAGUUCCAUUUGUAAGAGUAUCUACAUCUGGGUUAGGUGAUCGCGUUCACGUUGCAUCGUUGAAUGCAAAGAAAGAAAGGGAGCUCACAAGGACAAUAAGUUCUCUUUCUGCAAGAAAACCAGUUGAUGAUGAACCUGAAAUGGCCAUGACUUCUAGACCAGAGCUAAAUAAGAUUAGUAGACUCUAUGAAACAAAAUUUGCUGGUGCUGAAGAGAAGAUUCCACCAAAAGGAAAGAAAUAUUUCAAGCAACAGAAUUCUUCAAGAAUUACUCAAACUAUUAGUAAUCUGUCCAACUAUUAA